CCAAUCUGAUUAAAAUACAGAUCUAUAUUUCGUUUUUUUUAUACUUUCGAUGACCUACACUACAUGAAGAUCUGACUGGUUGUUGCGAUAGGUCACGUCAGAGGUCAUACGAGCCGCAGUUGAGUCUAUGACGUCAGACAUCUGAUUAACCAAUCAGCAAUAGUGCUUCUAGGGGGCUUACCCACAGUUCCGUGCAAAACAUGCCUAAAGCUCGCCGUAACAGACCGUUUCAUUAGCUAAUACCUCACAGAAUUCAGAACACGUCAAUAGUCGAUAAGACUGACAUGUUGGACAACCCUUCAAUAUACAGGGUGUUAUUUAGUAGUUUUUAUUACGUUAUUAUUGUCAUACACCAGUCGUCAAUAAUAAAUCUUUUAUAACAUGAAUGUAUUCAAUAUAUCACGUGAUUCCAAAUGGCGGUCGUCGAAUAAUACAUCUUUUAUGCUCGAGAUAUUGUUGUACAAAUUUUAACUUAUAUUUAUAUAGUUAUUUAUACAUGCCUUUCACUAGACGUGGUUAUAAAGAUAUGAUUUUAGUUUGUUAAUGGAUAACAGUUCAUUAAAACAAAACUGUUCAGCUGAUUUCUGUAUCCGACGACCGUAUGUUGUAAUGGUAAGUUCAUCUGAUUUCUGUAACUGAUGUUAUCUGACGACUGUAUGUUGUACUGUCAAUGGUAUGUCUUCCUGAUAUGUUCAUACUAAAAAUACCAAUAAACAAAUGAAAUAUGGCUUCCUUGAAAGACUCAUCUAAGAGAAUAACAGAUGAACGGAUCAACAGGCCAGGCACCCACUCUCCAGAUUUCUACCAACUUCAAAAUAUAUUGUCACAAGAACAAGCUUCUUCAACUCCUCACCCACCACAACGAUUAGCACCCGGACAGGCCAUGGUGCACAUGUCAACAUUUAAAGACGGUAAUGGCCAGAAUUGUAACAUGAAUGCGUUACUGGAAGCUUGUAGACAUGGAACAGUUUCUGAUGUUAGACAUUUAAUAGAUCAGGGUACAGAUGUCAACAGUAAAGACGUACAUGGUAGAACAUGCAUCUUACUUUGUAGUACAUCACUUAUUGAACCCAUUGAAAAAAUAGACUUUUUACGGUCAAAGGGAGGUAAUAUUCAAGAUAUCGAUGAUGAAAACAAUGGUAUUUUUCAAUUGGCUUGUGAUUUAGGGACGCUAGAAACAGUUCAGUACCUUGUAAAUAUAGGGUUAGAUAUAAACACUAAAGGGUUUAGAAGUAGAUCUUGUAUAAUGGCGUGUAGUCAGUCUAAAACACAAGCAACUGAUAAAAUAGAAUUGUUACGAAAAAUGGGUGGCAAUAUUCUUGAUACAGAUGUAAAAAAUGAUAAUAUAUUACACUUAGCAUGUCAUAGUGGUACACUAGAUACAGUAAGAUAUCUAAUUAAUCAAGGCCUGGAUAUCAAUACUAAAGGGAGAUACGGAAGGACAUGUAUAUUGUUAUGUAGUCAAUCGCGCACACAGGCCAUUGAGAAAAUAGAACUGCUAAUAUCACAGGGGGGUAAUAUUUGUGAUACUGAAGAUGAUAACCAUGAUAUGCUUCACUUGGCUUGUAUGUCUGGUACACUAGAGACUGUCAGAUAUAUGAUAGACCUUGGUUUAGAUAUAAAGGCCAAAUGUAAAAGUGGUAGAACACCCAUAUUACAUAGUUGUUCUUCAGAAACACAACCCAUUGAGAAAAUAGAAUUACUAAAGUUAAAGGGCGGUUAUAUUUAUGAUACGGAUGCCUAUAACUUUGGUAUGUUACACAUGGCUUGUUGUGAUGGUACAUUAGAUACUGUAAGAUAUCUGAUAGAUCUAGGGUUGGAUAUCAACACUAAGGUUUUAAAGGUGGUACGUGUAUCUUACUGUGUAGUCAAUCUGAAAUAGAACCUUCUGAGAAAAUAGAAUUAUUAAGGUUAAAUGGGGGUAAUAUUAAUGAUACUGAUACUAACAACAAUGGUAUGUUACACUUGGCUUGUGCUUUUGGUACAUUAGAUACUGUAAAACAUCUGAUAGAUCUAGGUUUGGAUAUAAACACCAAAGGUUUUAAAGGUAGAACGUGCAUCUUACAUUGUAGUCAAUCUGAAAUAGAACCUUCUGAGAAAAUAGAAUUAUUAAGGUUAAAUGGGGGUAAUAUUAAUGAUACUGAUGACCAAAAUAAUGGUAUGUUACACUUGGCUUGUGCUUUUGGUACAUUAGAUACUGUAAAACAUCUGAUAGGUCUAGGUUUGAAUAUCAACACUAAAGGUUUUAAUGGUAGAACGUGUAUCUUACAAUGUAGUGAAUCUAAAAUACAAGCCAUUGAGAAAAUAUACUUUUUAAGGUCAAAGGGAGGUAAUAUUAAUGAUAGGGAUGCUAAUAAUGGAGGUAUGUUACACCUUGCUUGUGAACUCGGCACGUUAGACGUCGUUCAAUACUUAGUUAAUCUAGGACUAGAUAUAAACAAUAAAGAUGGAUCAGGAAACACGCCUCUUUCAUUCAGUUUUAAGUCCGGUGUACAAUCCCGUCAAAAAGGUGACU